UGUAACCCAAGGAUAACUGUGCUUUUCUGUAGGCUCAUGUGUGAGAACUAAAAUAGAUACCACGGAGAGCUUGCUGGACACAGAGGCGCACAGCUCGCCGGCGCAGCGCUGGUCCAUGCAGGUGCCGGCCGAGGUGAGCGCGGCGGCAGGCGACGCGGCGGUGCUGCCCUGCACCUUCACGCACCCGCACCGCCACUACGACGGGCCGCUGACGGCCAUCUGGCGCGCGGGCGAGCCCUACGCGGGCCCCCAGGUGUUCCGCUGCGCGGCGGCACGGGGCAGCGAGCUCUGCCAGACGGCGCUGAGCCUGCACGGCCGCUUCCGCCUGCUGGGCAACCCGCGCCGCAACGACCUCUCGCUGCGCGUCGAGCGCCUGGCCCUAACCGACGACCGCCGCUACUUCUGCCGCGUAGAGUUCGCCGGCGACGUCCACGACCGCUACGAGAGCCGCCACGGCGUCCGACUGCACGUGACUGCUGCACCGCGGAUCGUCAACAUCUCGGUGCUGCCCGGCCCGGCGCACGCCUUCCGCGCGCUCUGCACGGCAGAAGGGGAGCCGCCGCCCGCCCUCGCCUGGUCCGGCCCGGCCCUAGGCGACAGCUCUACCGCUGCCCCGAGCCCCGGUCAGGGUCACGGUCACCUGGUGACCGCCGAGCUGCCCGCGCUGACCCACGACGGCCGCUAUACAUGUACAGCCGCCAACAGCCUGGGCCGCUCGGAGGCCAGCGUCUACCUGUUCCGCUUCCACGGCGCCAGCGGAGUCUCCACGGUCGCCCUCCUGCUUGGCGCCCUCGGCCUCAAGGCGCUGCUGCUGCUUGGGGUCCUGGCCGCCCGCGCCGCCCGCCGCCGCCGAGAACACCCUGACACCCCGGACACGCCCCCACGGCCACAGGCCCAGGAGUCCAAUUAUGAAAAUUUGAGCCAGAUGAAUCCCCAGAGCCCACCAGCCACUGUGUGCUCACCGUGAGGGGUCCCUUAGCCACCAACAUCUGUUUCUGCGUCAUAAAGGCCAGUGCGAGGCUUGGCUGGUAUGGCCCAUCCUGGUUCCCGGGCACCUUGGCAGCCCCCACCUGGGUGACUCGCCCCCACUUCGGGGUCGAGACCCUGCUUGAGGAGACUCAUCUGGCCUCCUACGUGGACAACCAUUUCAGAGUUCUCUGAUAUUUAUGAUAUUAAGCAUUUUGAAAGUGUGCAUGCAUCUGUGUGUGUGUGUGUGUGUGUGUGUCUGUGUGUGUGUACAUGCAUCAGCCUGAGCACAAAACUUCCAGAAAUGUUCCCUUGCCCUUUUGUACCUAGAACACCUGGUCUAGUAAAGCAGACAGGAAACUGUUUAUAGGUCUGGAGGCCCAGUCUUGUAUUCCUCUGUCACAGACUUGCUGUGUGGACCUGGGACACUUUCUUCACUUCUCUGGGUCUCAGUUCAUUUACUGCUGAACAUGGACAAUAAUAUUCUUCCCUCUGGGCUGGGAGGACUACCAAGGUCUGAGGAAAUAAUGGAUGUGAAGGGGCUCUGGAAAGCACAAAGCCAUCUACUCGUGAGGGGCAUGAGAGGCCCCUCCUUGCAGAGUGACCUUUGGACAUGCAGAGAGUUCUUGGAUAAGUGUGGCCCCUGCAGCAGUGUCACAGAGAACACAGAGCUCCAGACAACAAGCCUGGGGCAGGGGCUGUGUGAACCUGUAGUCAGAGGAACUUAAAAUCCUGGAAACUUGGUGGCAUGGAGAGGCCUGGAGCCUUUACCCCAUGCCCCCAGAAUCUCCACUGUGACUUUCCCACACCCUCUGCCCAACUCUUGCCCCAUCAGCUGCCCUGCAUUGCCUUGAGCUGGGACCCCCAAGGAAAAGGAAACCAAGCUCCCCUCUCUCAAGGCAUCGGGGAACCACUGUCUCAGGGGCUGAGGCUGGGAGACCUGAGGGGAGGUCUGGCUGGAGGGUCCCUGUGGGUAAAGCAGCGACAGUUCUGGCCUCUCUCUGACCUGCAACCUCUCAGGGCAUGCAAAGUCCAAACGCACUGGCAGCUUCAUCCACUUUGCCCUAACGUGGCCACGCUGACUUUGAGGGCUGCUGCUUCCCUAUUUAUACCUCAGGGUCAAUUUGAUCACCUUAGCUCCUGCAGUCCUUGGGGCUUAGGGAGAGGAGGGAGGCAUGCCUCGGUCCCAGGAGAGCUGGCAAGAGGAAAGGGCCACAGGCUAGGGAGGCCAUAAACAAGACAUCACACCCCAGUUACAAUGGCUUUUAUCCAAAAGACAGUCAACAACAAAUGCUGGCAAGAAUGUGGGGAGAGAGGAAUUCCCCAUACACCAUUGGUGAAAAUGUAAAUUAGUGCAGCCACUAUGGAGAAUUGUACUGAGUUUCCUCAAAAAACUAAAAAUAGGCCAGGUGUGGUGGCUCACACCUAUAAUCCUAGCACUCUGGGAGGCCGAGGCGGGCGGUUCACCUGAGGUCAGCUGUUUGAGACCAGCCUGGCCAACAUGGUGAAACCCUGUCUCUACUAAAAAUACAAAAAUUAGCCAAGCAUGGUGGCACACACUUGUAAUCUGAGCUACUUGGGAGGCUGAGGCAGGAGAAUUGAACCCAGGAGGCGAAGGUUGCAGUGAGCUGAGAUCAUGCUACUGCACUCCAGCCUGGCCAACAGAGUGAGACUCUGUCUGGAAAAAAAAAAAAACAAAAAACUACCGUAUCAUCCAGCAAUCCCACUGCUGGGAAUCCAUCAGCAAGGAAAUCAGUGUAUUGAAAAAGAUACCAGCACUUCACUAUAGUGCUAUUUGCAAUAGCCAAGAAAUGGAAUCAGCCUAAGUGUCCAUCAAGGAAUGAAUGAAUAAAGAAAGUGAACACACAAUUAAAUAUCAUUCAGCCAUAA